UGGCGGCUUCCGUGGGUGCAGCCUGAGAAGCCUGAGGUCACAGUGUCACAGCACAGCUCCUGUCCUCCCCCAGGUUCCUGCCUGAAUACCAGCUUGGGAGCUCCCCACUGCCUGCAGCCACCUCCGACCAGCCCCCCAUCACCAUGCACUCCUUGGACGAACCGCUCGACCUGAAGCUGAGCAUCACCAAGCUCCGUGCGGCGAGAGAAAAGCGGGAGAGGACGCUGAGUGUGGUCCGGCACCGGGCUCUGCACAGGGACCUCGGCCUGGUGGGUGACAGCCCCACCCCGGGCUCUCCGGGCUCCCCGCCCUCAGGCUUCCUGCUGAACCCCAAGUUCCCCGAGAAGGUAGAGGGACGCUUUUCGGCGGCCCCCCUGGUGGACCUCAGCUUGUCACCGCCGUCUGGGCUGGAUUCCCCCAAUGGCAGCAGCUCCCUGUCCCCUGAGCGCCAGGGCAACGGGGACCUGCCUGCAGUGCCCACUGCCCCGGACUUCCAGCCACUGCGCUAUCUAGAUGGCGUCCCUAGUUCCUUCCAGUUCUUCCUGCCUCUAGGCUCCGGGGGGGCCCUGCACCUGCCUGCUUCCUCCUUCCUCACCGCCCCCAAGGACAAGUGCCUCUCACCAGAGCUCCCCCUGCCCAAACAGCUGGUGUGUCGCUGGGCCAAGUGUAACCAGCUCUUCGAGCUCCUGCAAGACCUGGUGGAUCACGUCAAUGACUACCAUGUCAAGCCUGAGAAGGACGCAGGGUACUGCUGUCACUGGGAGGGCUGUGCCCGCCAUGGCCGAGGCUUCAAUGCCAGGUACAAGAUGCUCAUCCACAUCCGCACACACACCAAUGAGAAGCCACACCGCUGCCCCACCUGCAGCAAGAGCUUCUCUCGCCUGGAGAAUCUGAAGAUCCACAACCGCUCGCACACAGGUGAGAAGCCCUAUGUCUGCCCCUACGAGGGCUGCAGCAAGCGCUACUCCAACUCGAGCGACCGCUUCAAGCACACACGCACACACUACGUAGACAAGCCCUACUACUGCAAGAUGCCCGGCUGCCACAAGCGCUACACAGACCCCAGCUCGCUGCGCAAGCACAUCAAGGCCCAUGGCCACUUCGUGUCUCACGAGCAGCAAGAGCUCCUGCAACUGCGCCCACCCCCCAAACCACCGCUGCCCACCCCCGACGGCGGCCCCUAUGUCAGCGGAGCCCAGAUCAUCAUCCCCAACCCUGCUGCCCUUUUUGGAGGCCCCGGCCUGCCUGGCCUGCCCCUGCCCCUGGCCCCUGGCCCCCUUGACCUCAGUGCCCUGGCCUGCGGCAAUGGUGGGGGCGGUGGGGGAGCGGGGGGCAUGGGCCCCGGGCUGCCGGGCCCCGUCUUGCCCCUCAAUCUGGCCAAGAACCCGCUGCUGCCCUCACCCUUUGGGGCUGGUGGACUGGGCCUGCCUGUGGUCUCCCUCCUCGCUGGCUCCGCUGGCGGCAAGGCAGAGGGGGAGAAGGGGCGUGGGGCAGUGCCAGCCAGGUCUCUGGGCAUGGAGGGCCGCAAGACGCCCCUGGAGAGGACUGAGAGCAGCCGCUCCCGGCCAAGCCCUGACGGACUCCCCCUGCUGCCAGGCACCGUGCUGGACCUGUCCACGGGUGUCAACUCAGCAGCCAGCAGCCCAGAGGCACUCGCUCCUGGUUGGGUGGUCAUCCCGCCGGGCUCCGUGCUGCUCAAGCCAGCCGUGGUGAACUGAACCCGCCUGCAGGAUGGCUACCCGCAGCCCAGCUAGCAGCUCCCGGCCCUGCCCCGACGAACGGAAACUCUUCUGCGAAAUAGCAAUAAUGUCCUCCUGCCCCCGGGGCCCGCCCUGUGUCCCCCAGGCGGACCCAGCCCCAGACAAGCUGGGCAGCAAGGAUGGUGCUAGAAGGUCAAUGGUGGUGUCCCAGGCUCU